AGCGUUUAUUUCCUGCACUUGGGAAGACAUUGCUGUUUUAUGUGUGUUUAAUUUAACUUAAAGGAUAGUCAUGAGUCGAGGAAACCGUGGAGGGUGGAACAUGCGUGGAGGCUAUGGUGGUCAUGGUGGCUACAAUACGUACAUGGAGCAAAACCCUGGUUUUGGCGGUGGGUAUGGCAGUGGUGGUUCUGGCGUUGGGUAUGGCAGUGGUGGCUCUAGCAGUGUGUAUGGCAGUGGUGGCUCUAGCAGUGUGUAUGGCAGUGGUGGCAGUGGCGGGCAGUCGUUUGGAGGCCAGACUCACGGGUACGGUGACGAGGGAUACGGGUACGGAGACGGGAUGGGGCUGAGCGCGAUCCAGGAGGAACAGAACAUGCUACGGAACAAACUGGCCAUGGCCAACAACCUGCUACAGCAGCAGACACAGCUUCUGGAGGAGGUCGGCAUGCAAGUCAGUGGCGGGGACAGGGGGGGUGGCAGGAGGAGGGGGAGGGGCCUCAUGGGAGACAUGCCUUCGGGAUACAUGGGACCAGGCUUCGGUGGGAAGAGGCCGGGAUCUGAAGGCUACGGCUUCGGCUACGAUCCCAAGAGAAAGCGCAUGGAGAUGUCAUUUGGCUCGCGGGGUGGGAGAGGUCGAGGGCGUGACCGAGGCAGAUCACGAGCCCAGGUUCGCAAGGAGGCACGGGGUAAGACUGUGCAGAAGAAAAAAGAGAAAGCAGAGGAGCAAGAUGUUGAACGAGUCAUGGAACCGUACGACCCGACGAAGAAUUCCGUGAGCUACUGUCAUGUCUGUCACUAUGACCUGAUUAAUUUGAACAAAUGGAAGGCCCACAUUGAGACCGAGCCCCACAUGUCUCGUAUGGCUGAGUUGGAGGGUAAUGGGGAGGAGGCGAGUGAGGAGGAACAAAAAGUGCUAGAGAAAAUCAAACACCAGACAGAGCUGCGUGAGAAACAGAGCUGGACUUAUUGUGAAAGCUGUGACAAGGAUACCGUGUCAAGCCUGUUGAAACACAAAGGGUCGCCCCAGCAUGAGUACAAGUUGGCACGCUGUAAGAAUGGAUGCAAGUGGUGUGAGAUCCAGAACUUCAAAAACUUCACUGAGGUGCUUGAACAUCGAGCAACCGAGCAGCACAUUAAGGAACGAAUUAGACACACCGGAAAGCGGGACAUGACCAUUGCAGAAGAGGUUUUAGAAUUUGAGUUGGCUGAAUUUCCUGAAUUUCAAUCUGGGAAACAAGUUGGAAGUGAGUACGUCGUUCCAGUGACGGGUUAUCUGUGCAAGCUCUGUGAGCGCUACUAUCCAAGUAUGAAGACUGCGAAACUGGACCACUGCAAUUCCCGGGAUCACUACACUGCAUACAAGAAAGCGAAGACUCAGAGCCUGAAGGACAAUCUGCGUAACGUGGCGAUGAAGGCUCGCUUCGUGUUUAAGAACGGGGACGAGAACCGCUACAUGACGGGGCGCGAGUACGAGAACGACCAGCUGAAGGAGAACGCCAUCGACUUCGACCGCCUCGAGCAGGAGGUCAAGGAGGAGAUGAGGCUAGAGGAGGAAGAGCGCAAGAGGCAGGAGGAGGAGGACGAGAAGCUGAGGCAGGAGCUCGAGGCAGCCAAACGCCUCAUGGCCAGUAACGGAGUGAUGGAUGAGACACAGGGCAAGGAGCAACAAGCAGAGGAGGGGCAGGAGGGGGGGCAGCUAGAAGAAGACAUGGAGGCCCAGGAUGAAGAUAAUUAACAUAUGCAGUGUUUACUAACAUGUCUCAUGUCCGUCUCUCUAUCAUACACCAUGUUUACUAACAUGUCUCAUGUCUAUCAUACACUGUUUCAUACACUGUUUUUACUAAUGUGAAGGAGGGGGAAAGCUGGCCCUACUCUACCUAAUGUUUUUCAGCAUGCUCCUGGACAUAAAAUUUUGUUUUAGCCCUUAUUGCAGUUUUUAUACUGUUCACAUAGAUAUUUGACACUGUAAAAUAGUUUGGGUUUUUUUCUUCUUGUUUUUUUUAU